GUGGCCUCGUCAUUGGCACCGUCGUCCUCAGCAGACAUGCCGAAAACAGUUUCGCCUUCGACAGACCCAUCCACUCCGCCGUCUCGGUAUUUGCUAGUGCAGGAGCAGCCUGUGUAGCCGUCAGCAGAUGGUUGCCGAAGGCCAGUAGCGACCGCAAACCGUACAAUGGCCUGCACUACGACGCGCUUCCGCUCGACGAUGUACGCGAGCCGCAUGCCAGUCGCCCACCGAGUCCGCCCAGGGAAGAUGUCUCAUACGCCAGCAGUCUGCGCAAGUUCGGGAUGGCUUGGCUGCUGCUGGUCCUGGCGCUAUGUCUUCGAGCAGAAAUCACACGACAGGUGGUUCACAAUGUCCAAUGCGCUGGCCGCAGCUGGGAACCGCUUGUGCCUCUGGCCUUGGCCGUCUGGGACUACUGCACAAUCCGGAGGAAGAGCAGGAGGCAAUACCAUGACGAUGCCGGCGCAAAUGUUUAUGAAAUGGGCGCCCAGGGGAUCGCACGUGCCCCAUAUGCUGCUGCUCUCGCUGUGGCACUGAUGGGUGUUGGUGGUAUGCUGGCACUGGCAUCGACGAGCAGUCCGCAUAGCACAUACAUCUGCGCUGCUUCGCUGAGCUUCCGCGCAGCCAUCCCAUACUUACAGCGUUUUGGAACCGUUCUUGACGUCGUGAUUGUGGCCUGCAUUGGUCAGCUAAUGAACUCCCACGAAGGACGAGGAUUCAAAGGCUGUGCUGUGCGAUUUGCAUCGGUGGGCUGGGCAUUUCUUUUUUCCGCCGGCUUUUGGAUAGUCGUCGGCUUCAUCUAUUGGGUUGUCCAGGAGACUGGGCGGAAAUGGUUGCUUACGAUACCCCAUCUGUACUUUUGGAGCGUUUUGCGUCUUGGCCUGUACACAGCAUUUACAUUGAUUUGCGCAUUGGCGAGCAUAUCUCACAUCGGCCCUCUUACUACGGUCACUGUAGCCGCGUUCACCAGCCUGCUUACGAUAACGACAGCAUCUGCAUGGACCAAUGGACAUCCUUUCCCGCCCAAUUCAUUCGGUCUUGCAUGGUCAGGCAUUGGCAUGGCCGUGUUAGGCAUGGAGCUAUACUUUCAAGCCGAGACCGUUUCUGAAGAGCGCCCACCGAGAAGCAUGUUUCGCAAAGUGCCUGCUUGGCUGCAAUUGCUUUUACUUUCGAUUCUCGUGUUCUGGACAGGUCUCUGGGUCACGCAUAAGAAUGCUGUCAAUUUUCAUCCCAUCGAUAUGCUCAUCUACGAAGCGCAGAGCCAACAACAGGCCUACUUGAACCAGUCGGCAACCAGCACGACUUUGCCUCAAGCUGUUCAUAACUACCGAGUUCGAUAUCACAGACAGCCUCCACCCGGGUUCGACGCCUGGUACGAGUACGCGACCAACCGGAGCUCGGCUGUCAUAGACGAUUUUGAUAGCAUCCACCGAGACUUGCUCCCGUUCUAUGCGCUCACUCCAGAAGAGAUUCGUGAACGCACAUGGACCAUGAUCUCUCUUCCUUGGAAUGAUGCUGCAGGCAUCAUUGUACGUAAUCAUCAAGUUACAGUCGCGCCGAAUGUGCCUGGGACCCAUCAGUGGAUGCUUGACGGCCUAAUCGAGAUGAUCAAGAAGUUCGCAGAGCACCUGCCAGAUAUGGAUUUAGCGUUCAAUCUCAACGACGAAUGCAGAGUCAACGUCCCGCACGAGCACAUUGAAUCAAUGCGAAGAAAAGGCGAAGCGUUCGGUCUAAUUCCGAAACCAGAAAGGACGUACUCGCCAGAUCGAGCCGAGCAGUGGAAGCCUAUCCCUGAUCGACUGCCAGACGAUCCGGAGAGAUGGAGUCCGCUGGCCCACCUGUCGUGGCAGAAGAUCUUCCAUCGAUUCGGCAACAACGCAUGUCCCGCCAACUCUCCUGCGCGGAAUGAUCGCAAAUGGGAUACGUCUUCACUUUGUACAUCGUGCACCUACCCCCACUCACUCGGAGCAUUCCUCGCCAAUUGGACGCUGGCUGCCGAUGUAUGUCAUCAGCCAGACCUCGCCGAUCUACAUGGCUUGUAUCUCUCGCCGGCAGCAUUCAAAGGCUCUCGCCAGCUUUAUCCGAUCUUCUCACAAAGUAAAGCUGGAGGAUUCAAUGACAUUCUGUAUCCGUCCGCCUGGAACUACAUGGACAAAGCACAGUAUGCGCCGAACGAUGAGCAUCCAGACUUGGACUUCUCUGAGAAGCAGCCAAAACUGUUCUGGCGUGGUGCAACGUCUGAAGGCGUUUCGCAUGGCAAUGUCGACCAAUGGCGUGGCAUGACUAGGCAGCGAUUCGUCCACUUGGCAAACGAUAUCAAUGGCACGAACCCUGACAUGCCACUUCUACUACCGAGCGAGAAGAUUCCUGGCAUGCUCGAAUACAAGUACUUUCCGACCUCGAAAUUGACAACGCUACUGGCAACCGACGUACACUUUGUGGACGGUAUCGCACGCUGCUUCGGUCGCGACUGCGAAGACCAGGCCCGAGAAUUCGCUCCACUAGUGCCGCCAUCUGACUUUCAAGAUCAUUGGAAAUACAAAUAUCUCCUUGACCUGGAUGGCGCGGGAUUCUCAGGCCGGUUUCUUUCUUUCCUACAGAGCAGGUCACUUCCAUUCAAAGCAGCCUUGUUCCGCGAAUGGUGGGACGAUCGUGUCACUCCUUGGGUUCACUUCGUUCCUCUAGAUCUCAGAGGGCAUGGUUUUUGGGCCACACUGGCAUACUUUGCUGGGAUUGAUGCGAGUAGCGCAAGUGGUAAGGAGCUCAAGGUACCUGCACGCCAGAAAGAAGCGGAACGUAUUGCGACUGAAGGCAAGAAGUGGGCAGAAACGGUUUUGAGGAAAGAAGACAUGGAAAUCUACUUCUUCCGACUCUUGUUGGAAUGGGCAAGGCUGACAGAUGACAAGAGGAAUGUCCUAGGUUUUGCUCUUGAAUGAUUGAAUGAAUGAACGACGAAGAUGCGACUUUCAAUGAAUAUCCAUAGCGAGGCGUUCCCGGGCACAAACAUUAGGGGCGCGCCUCUGUAAAUUUACAUACAGCAUGAAAGAAAGUUUUGACCUCC